AUGCGUCUCCAUCUCACCAUCCAGCGUCACGGUCUGCCCGUGACGCGCAUUCUUUGGACUACGUCACCGCCGUCUCUAUUCGGACACAAUCUUCCGAGCCCCUCAUCGCUGAUACCUGCGGCUUCAUCCGCUAUUACUUCAUCGCGUGUUCCGAAUGCACUGUAUUCGAAUGAAGGCUACACGGUUGCGCAGCUGCUGGAGGAUGUGAACGAAGUUAUCCCGCUGGAGACGGAACCUCGCUUGUUUGAUCAUGAAUCGAGUGGACAGUGGGGUUUGGAGGAUUAUGUGGUCGAGGUGGGCGGCUCGGAGUGCUUGCAUUUUAUGGAAGUACAAGGUUUGCUCCGAGAUGGGGAUGAGGUUCUAAUUCGAGCUCUGCAAAUCUCCGACCUCCGAGCGAGACGACUCUCUGGUCGUCACCAAAUCUCGACUGACGGCAAGCACCUAAUCGAUGGGGUUCCAUUUGGGAAGCCGUUCUUGAAGAGGCCGACCGCAUCACGCCCAGCUAUUGCGAUUCCACCAAGAAAGAAGAGACGUGCGACACUUGCACUUUGGGGUAACAGGAGUAAUUACGAGGAAGAGGACACCGAGUGGGCUCCUACUCAUAUCGGCUCCCAAAAAGAGCUUUCCAUUCUCAAGCCCGAGGCUGAACUUGGGGACGCGUAUGAGAAUGCAUACCAGGAUGACUACGAGGAUUAUCAUGAACAGGACGACGGCGAUGGAACUGUCAUUCGUCACACUAUCGACCAAGCUUCGGAGACCGAUGAAGGAUCGGAUCUUGAAGUCGAGGAUCUUACGCAGGAGCUCCAAGACCUCAAGAAAGACAUGGAUAUUCCGGUCGUACCCGAGUUAGAGAAGGCCCAUGUUGAAGAGACCGUGCCGAGAAAGAGCUCCAUUGCUCGCCACUUUGCGACAAGACUAUCUGACGGCGCUUUAUCGCGAAGGGAUUCAAAGGUCGUUAGAUUCGAUCAAGAGAAGCAGCAUGAGCCAUCCGCUACAAAAGCUGAAGCUUCGACUGUUGUGUGUGAGUCGACUUCAAAGAAAUCUGCGCAUUCUAUUUCCAGUCCAAGUAACAGCAGUUCGUCCGUAAGCGACUCCAGUGAGUCGGAUUCGCAAUAUGACUCGUCAUCGGAUGAGUCUGACGCUGAGUCUGACUCGGUCUCCUCUGAAUCUGACUCGGAAUCAAGUUCUGAGUCGGAGGAGGAGUCAACAUCAGAUAGCUCUUCAUCAGAGUCGGAGGACGAGUUCGAAGACUUUAACGCCACUAGCGCUGUUCAAAAGCUAGCCACCAAGGUUAAUCCGCCAGGGGAGGGUUCUCUCAGAACAAAGAAAAGUAAUCAGCGGACUAAGCUUCGAAGACGGCUUGCAAAACUCAAAGAACUCGGAAUUCUAGGCAAGCAAGCCGACUUUGCUUCUCUCCGAAAGUGGGAGGAAGAGCACGGUAACUCUUUCUAUAUCCCGGAGACAAGGGCUGCAAUUAAGAAGCAAGAGCAGGAAGAAUUUGAAGCGAAACGGCAGAAGCUACUCCGUGAGCUUGAAUCAGGAGGCAUUGAUAUCUCUGCUAUCUCUGAACAAGAGAACCUUACUCCAGAAGUUGACUUUGAAAACACCCUAGGACAACCUGAGGAUGAGGUUUAUGAGACUGCCAAUGACGCCACUGAGAUCAGCCCUCAGGUCGAACACCGACGUACACUGGAUGUUGCCAGCACCCGACGGUUACUUUUUGGCUCCCUGGGUGUGAGGACUCCAUGUUCGAAAGAGGAGGAGGAAGCCACUCGAAAAAAAUUGGCUGGAAAGGCUCAGAAAUUCGUCCCUCCGCAAGCCGCGCCGGAAGAUACCGUAGAGCACGUCGAGGGCGAGCUCGAAGUGGACUGGCGUGACAAAUUAACCCUGGGAGCUACUGAGUGUCUUUAUGAUGACAUCGAACUCAGCACUCCGCCUUUCCCAUUCGAACAGCAUUGGGAUGCGGAAGCCGGAAACAUCAUAAGGCAGCGAAAUGGUCGGAACAGGAAAAGAAAGAGAAGGCAACAGCUUCAGGUAUAUGAGGAGGAAUAUAAUGAGGGUGAAAGCUACCUCGAGGAUAGCAUGCAGCUUAAUUACGAUGAUGUCGAGGAGCCUGCGGCGGCCCAAACCAAUGGCAAAGAAUCCGAGGAUGCUCUCCCUCCUUUACCCAGCGACCCAAGUGCUCUCCCGAACCUCACUGGAAGUGAGGCAAAGCCAGGCUUGGUAUUUGCAUUCAAGCAAUUAGAUGUGUCGAAAGCCACGAAUUGGCAACCGGUGGUAUCUGAAUAUCGAGUGGCUGUGAUCAGUGAGGUCUUUAAUGAUAACAUUUUGAGUAUCCAGCUCGCUGAACCAUACCGACGGCAACCUAAGGAUACGGACGAAGAGGAGGGCCCGUUUCAAUACAGCGGAUUUGAGAUGCCGGGCUUCGAUGACCAGGGGGAAGAUGACGGAUUUCGGGAAGUGCCGUUUGACGAUCUCAUUGACCCGAAGCUUCUCCGCGCUGCACAGGCAGAUAACGGAGGGGAGAUGAACGCCACCAAGUCAGUAAAUUAA